CCAUUGCAGUGUUUUUUAUGAAAAAUAUUACUAAAAUGGGUUCACUACGGUCGUGCGUGUUCUUACUCGUGAUUUUUGUGCAGUUACAACAUAUCGCUGGAAAGCCACUAUUUUUCACCGACUUAUUUUGCGACUACAUGUGCGAUGACGACGACGUGUCAACAACUACGACCGCAAGCAAUGAGGACGAUGACUGGGACAUAUUCGGGCUCUGCACGUGCGGCACUCGAAGACCACCAGGCGUCAGGCGAGGCCAAGGAUUCCCCGCAAACAUCAAUAUGAGACUACCGCCAUCAGCCAACGGCAUGAACUUCAGCAUGAACAACGCCAACGGUGCGUGGAACUUCCAAUUGGACGCUGGGCCGAACGGCCCCAACGGUCCUUUCAGCGUUGUACCUAUUGGAGGACCCACCAUAAUUCCCGCAGGAGCAGGCGGUUCGACCACAGCUGCCACCAUCACCACCACUUCCACCACUGCUAAAGCAUAAUUAAUUAACAGAGAUAAAAGAGCCCAGAAUAAUUCAUAGUUCUAGUAAUCAGAGCCAUUAUAGAGUUAGCUGAUAUCAUUAGUUCUUCCUAAAGAUUUGUUUUUAGUGUUUACACUAUAAUUGUAGAAGCUUUUGAUUACGCAUCUCUCUGGCUUUUUUGACUAAAUAUGUGUUCUCUUACCCUAAUUUGCAUUUUUAUUAUCAGUCUAAGAAAAUUUUACCUCCAUCUCAUUUGUAGUUUCGAUUCAAAAAGGCUUAUAUUUCAAUGACAUAAAUUAAACGGGAGAUUAGACCUACAUGGCUUUUUGUAAUAUAUUUUUUUUUAUCAAGUGUCUAUACUUUUUUCUUUAGCUUCAUUGAAUCGUCGAAUAUGCCACAUAAUAUCCUCGCUUUUAAAAAUUUACAUAUAAAAAUCUACUGAACAAGGAUCCUUUUUAAGAUUUUUCUGCACUUUUAAGGUCUCGUGCCAAUUCUGUCCACUUUAGCACUUCAGUUCCUUUCCUAGCGUCCGAAUUAUCUACACCACUCACUGAUACUUUAGCUUUGAACUCUAUAAAUUAUACUUAUUCACCUGAUUCUUUUAAAGCUGUUAAUCGUUACUGUUAAUGUUUACUUUAAAGGUAAAUAAUCUCUAUUCUAUUAUUGGCUCAUUAAGAUUAAGUUUACUUGUAUCAUUUUCUAAUUCUAUUUGGCUGGUGCAAUUUAUUAAACCUUGUAAUUCAUGCUAGAUGAUUUUAUCUCUCGUUUUACGUUUUUUUUCUGCUCGUCUAUUUUUUUCUUUCUCGAUUUAUUUAUUUUGUGCAUCCAUCCAUUUUCAUGUACUUACCUACCGACUUUGCAUCGAGCAUCAAUGGCUCCUAUUGAGUACACACUUUAGUGCGUGCGUAUCUAAAAUAAACAAGAAUCGAAUUGGCGAGCGUUCUUGAAAAGGGAAAUUGCAUAUUGCAAGGGAGCACGGUUGGUGCGCAAAUCUAGUAAAUCUUCAGAUAUAUAUUACAGUGAAGGCCAUUUCUCAGUAAAUAAAUACAGCUGAGUAGUUUUAAGUGGAUUUAUUUGUAAGAAUUUAAAUAUAGUUGUACUUAUAGCAAAUUUUGAGUUUAUUAUAAUUUUUUUUAAUAAAUUUAUGAUUAUUUUGAG